CUUUCAUUCUUUGCUCCCAUAGACCUUUGACUGGCAUCCCCCUUUGAUCAGUGACACUCUUCUCUCCAAGAAACUAGUCCCGAAGAAAGACAGCCACUUGAACCUCUGAAUCAUCUCGCACUUGCGAAUACAAUUCUCCUCUCAGGCACAACAACCCAAGCACCUCUUCGGUUGCCCAACCAAGAGAUCACCUCAAUCAUCCACAAAGGCCUCCUUCUCUUUCGUCGUCAUGUCCGUCAUCAUGGAGCAGUCGACGGCUCAGUCGUCUUAUACCCACAAGAUUGAUGCCAACGACAUCGAAUCUGGCUAUGUCUCCGGCCAGUCCGAUUACUCUCCGUCACCGCGAGAAGAGAAGCCCGUUGUUUCCCUCAGCAAGUCUCACAUCGAAUACCUCAACCAGCAGAUGGAGACCAUGCACCCCAUGGACAUCCUCCGCUUCUGCAGAAUCAUGUUCCCCAACCUCUACCAGUCAACGGCGUUUGGCCUGACAGGUCUCGCCACCAUGGACAUGCUGUCCAAGAUCCAGGCGGAGAACCCAGAGUCCCGCACUGUGGACCUCAUCUUCCUUGACACUCUGUACCACUUCAAGGAGACAUAUGAGCUUGUCGACCGAGUCAGGGAAAGAUAUCCCAACGUCCCCAUCCACGUCUUCAAGCCCGACGGCAUGGAGACUGCCCAGCAGCUUGAGGAGACGUAUGGAGAGGAGUUUUACCACACUGCCGGCGACAUGUAUGACUGGAUCGUCAAGGUCGAGCCCCUUCAGCGAGCAUAUGAAGAGCUCAAGGUGGCAGCAGUGCUCAACGGCCGUCGACGAUCUCAGGGUGCAGCCCGUGGCUCCAUCCCCAUCAUCGAGCUCGAUGAGGAGAGAAACAUUGUCAAGAUCAACCCCAUGGCCGCUUGGUCCUUUGCCCAGGUCAACGCGUACAUCAAGGAGAACAAUGUCCCCUACAACGCCUUGCUUGACCAGGGCUACAAGUCGGUUGGCGACUGGCACUCGACCAGCCCGGUCGGCGAGGGAGAAGAUGAGCGUGCCGGCCGCUGGAAGGGCCAGAACAAGACCGAAUGCGGCAUCCACAACAAAAAGUCCAAGUACGCCGAGUUUAUUGCUCAGCAGGAGAACCAGGUUGCGCCUGUUUCAUGAGCGUACGCGUCUGUUCCUCUCAACCGAGGCGCUCUCUCCGUACGCAGGACCGGGGAACCUGGAUAGAUUUGUUAUGACAUGAUGACCUUUAAUGGCAUUGGCGAUUGGAGUCUUGGGAGUUGCAUCGAUGGACCAGCAUUGGAUGGGGGUUUGACCCCAUAGAUAUAUCAUGGGCGGCGUUCGGCUUGAUUUUGUUUCUUUUUCCUUGACCCUUCUUAUCCCGAGAAUUCACCGACUGAGCAGGUUUCUGACAAAAAGGCGGCAUCACAUGCCCGUGGCAGUAGAUAGCGGGAGUGAAAUAAAGAAAAGUAAUUCAGUAUCG